AUGGACUGCACCUUAGCCUUUGCAACCAAUACCAAUAUCGAUCGCUCUUCACUUCUUGCCUUAAAAUCUCACAUCACAUUUGAUCCUCUCAAUUUACUGAGAAAGAAUUGGACUACCGAAACAUCUGUUUGUAACUGGAUAGGAAUUACAUGUGAUCCUAUCAAUAACCGUGUCACCGAGUUGAAUAUUUCUAAUAUGCAGCUCGUAGGCACCAUUCCACCUGAAAUCGGAAAUCUUUCUUCUCUGGUUUUACUAGACAUGAAUGAGAACUCCUUCCACGGUCCGAUUCCGGCCUCCAUCUUCAACAUCUCAUCCAUACAAGUAAUAACUUUGAGAAGUAAUGCUUUGUCAAGUGAGCUACCAAUCGACAUGUGCAAGCACAGUCUUCACAACCUCAAAUUACUUCGUAUAUCUUCCACUAAGCUGUAUGGAGAAAUACCAUCGAGCUUGGGCCUAUGUUCAAACCUUGAGCUACUUUCCUUGUACAACAAUAGCCAUCAUGGAGUGGUGCCAAAAGAUAUUGGAAACUUGACACUGCUCACUCGAUUAUUCCUUGGGUUCAACAGUUUAACUGGUAAUAUUCCCAAAGAGAUUGGUUAUCUUAAUAAUUUAGAGAUGUUAAACAUGGCAUCCACUGGACUUGAUGGAUCAAUUCCAAAAGAAAUUGGAAACAUGACAUCCCUUCAGUAUAUAUACCUUGACAACAAUGCAUUAAGUGGUGCUAUUCCACAAGAGAUUGUCCAGCUUGAUAAUUUACUAGUGUUGUCCAUUGAUUCCAACAAGUUGACGGGCACUUUACCGUCGACUUUUUCUAACAUGUCUUCAGUGAAUUAUAUUUCAUUAAGUCAUAACAUGCUUAAUGGGACACUGCCAAAAGAAAUUGGCAACAUGAAAGCACUCCAAGAGUUAUACCUCAUUAACAAUAGUUUAACCG